GCAACCAACAAAUGGAGCAGUAGUGACAUGAGUAAUUGAUGUGGGUGAAAAGGAAGAAUAUCGAACUGAUGAAUCCAUUCGAUGAGUCAUGGGAAGAAGAAGCUUUUGCAGAAGAUGGUCGUGGGCCUCUUGGGGGUUUCGUGUGGCCACCAAGGUCUUAUUCUUGCAGCUUCUGUAGAAGAGAAUUCAGGUCAGCUCAAGGGCUAGGUGGUCAUAUGAAUAUCCAUAGGAGAGAAAGAGCUAGGCUUAAGCAAUCUCUCAAUUCUACCACCCCACCACAUAACCCUAGCCCGCACCAGAAUCUUUUCAGGUCUGCAAACCCUAGUUUCAGCUCCUCACCAUCGUCUAGGGUUUCUUUAAGAACACUUUGUAGCAAUUCAGAUACUAAGAGUACUUCAUGUGUCAGUGAUGAUCAAGUGCAGAUGUUGCUACCAAGUCCUGAUCAUGGUGCUGCAGUUGAAACAAAUUUCUUUUUAGGGUUUCGUUUGGAUUCUCCUCCUCCUGGGAAUGGGAAUGAUGAUCAUCAUCGUUUUGAUGAUGAAGAGGUUAUGAAUUGUAAGCGGCAAAAGACGAUUGUUAUGCCGCUGAUGAUCAUGGGGUCGAUCGAAGAGGUUGAUCUUGAGCUUAGGUUAGGUACUUAGCAAUAUAUGA